AGUUCGCUACUAAAAUUGACCAGUCAUGCCAUAAAAAAUAGAAAAGCAAGUUGAAGAAAUUCCAAAAUGUAUUAAAGACUUUUCAACAAACACACAGCUUCUUCCACACUUUGAUACCCCACCCCACUCAUUCUCCUUUCCACACACUUUCCCUCUCUUUUUCUUCCCUCUCCUCCUUUUGGAUUUUCUUUCCUUUUCUUCUGUGCCCAAACACUUUUUUUGACUUUCCCAAGCAUUUCAUCAAGGUAUGAAACCCUCCUCCAUCUUCCCUGACUCCGACACUCCCCUCAUCGUCCUUCUAGUACUGCUUCAGAUUUCCCCAUUUCUCUCAUGACUUUCUCUCCCUUCUUUCUCCCAUCAGAUAAUCCCCACCAUCCUCAGAAUUCAGUCCCCACCCCAGCAGUGUCAUGCGUUCCCCACAGCCCCUCCGCAACGGCGACACGCCGUCGCCGCACCACCGCACCCCUGACCAACACCCACACUUCCACUCCACCGUGGCGCUGCGUAAGCUCAGGCGAUUCAACUUGCUCAUUCUACUGUUUCGGUUUGCCGCCUUCUGCUUCUCCCUUGCCUCCUCUGUUUUCAUGGUCACGAACUCCGGCGGCUCCGAUUCCCCUCAUUGGUACGAUUUUGGAGCUUUCAGAUUCGUUCUCGCUGCAAACUCAAUAGUGGCGCUGUACUCCCUCUUCGAAAUGGCCGCCUCCGUCUGGGAGAUCUCCCGCGGAGACACUCUCUUCCCCGAAAGCCUCCAGGUCUGGUUCGACUUCUGCCACGACCAGGUGUUUGCUUACCUUUUGAUAUCGGCGGCGUCGGCGGGAACAGAGCUGGCGAGGACGCUGAAGGGGAAGGAGACAUGUACUGCGACGAACGCAUUCUGCGUCCAGGCUGAUAUAGCGACGGCGUUGGGAUUUGCCGGCUUCCUGUUCCUGGGGUUCUCGUCCCUAUUAUCGGGUUUUCGGCUCGUCUGUUUCAUAAUCAGCGGCUCUCGUUUGCAUCUUUAGAAUUGACGGUUGCAAUUAAUCGCCUCCAAGGCUUUGAAAUUUUUUUCUUUUUCUCUAUAUCUUAAGUUAAGAGGAACUCUAUUCCAUCCUUAACUUACCCAGAAAAAAAAUUAUUACUUGACUAUUUAAAUUAUUACCAACUCCUACGCUUUUAUUUUGUUGACUGAUUUUGCUGCCUCUUUCUUCUGUAGCCAUCAACAUGAUAUUUGUUCUAUCUUUUUUUAAAAAAAAAAUUUAGUAUAU